AUGUGCUGCGAAAAAUACUGUCUGUGUGAAUAUCGAACUUUAACACAUAUAAAUUGUUCAGCAGAAAAAGUCGACCUUUACCUUUUCGACAAAAUGAUGCGAUCAGCAAUGUAUCACGUAUCUCGUCGCGCGGGAGCCUCAAUUACAAUCAGUGGACGACGUGGCGUCUUCAAAAGAUCAGUUGAUCUUCGUGAGUGUGUCGCUCAUGCGCGUGUUUUGCAGCACACUGCCAGCCUUGUGCCGACCAGUCUGCACUUCAGCGCCUGCUUCAGUACAAGUGCCGCGGACGACACAGCAGCUCAACGUCACGAGUUUCAAGCUGAAACACGUCAGCUUCUGGACAUUGUAACUCACUCCAUCUACACGGACAAGGAAGUUUUUAUCCGCGAGCUAAUUUCCAAUGCAUCUGAUGCAUUGGAAAAGCUGCGUCACUUGCAGUCAACUGGAGCAUCUAUUCAAGACGCCGAGAUUGAGCCUAAGAUUGUAAUCACCACAGACGAAAAGGCUGGCACGCUUGUCAUUGAAGAUACCGGUCUAGGCAUGUCAAAGGAGGAGAUGAUUGAAAAUCUGGGUACAAUCGCGCGCUCGGGAUCAAAGGCAUUUUUAGAGCAGUUGAAAGAGAGCACCUCCGUCGAGUCCGGUGAUGCACUUGGUGGAAUAAUUGGUAAGUUUGGCGUUGGUUUCUACUCCGCUUUCAUGGUCGCCGAUAAAGUGGAGGUGUUCUCGAAGUCGGCAAUCUCUGGCCGAAAGAGCCACGUCUGGCGCUCUGAUGGCAGCGGAUCGUAUGAAGUUGCCGAGGCAAACGAUGUAGAGCGAGGCAGCAAAAUUGUGCUUCACCUGAAGGACUCAUGCAAAGAGUUUGGCACCAGAACUAAGGUGGAGUCUAUCAUCCGCCGCUACUCAAAUUUCGUGUCAUUCCCAAUUGUUCUGGAUGGCGAGACAGUAAACACGGUACAGGCCCUUUGGACUAAGAGCGAAAGCGAUGUCACAGAAGAGGAGUAUGCUGAGUUCUAUAAAUUUAUUGCCAACGCAUUUGAUGAGCCAACAUACCGCAUUAUCUUCAAGGCAGAUGCUCCUAUCGAGCUCAAGACUCUCUUUUUCAUCGGAUCUUCUCACACUGAAAAAUUUGGUUAUGCGCGCCUGGAGCCCGGCGUGAGCUUGUAUUCGCGUAAGGUUCUUAUUGAGCGCAAUUCACCCGAUAUUUUGCCAGACUGGAUGCGAUUCGUGCGAGGUGUCGUUGACAGUGAAGACCUCCCGCUCAGUCUUUCACGAGAGAAAAUGCAGGACAGUCGUUUAAUCCAUAAGAUUCGCGAUGUUUUGACAAGAAAGAUUAUUCGCUAUCUGGAGCGUGAGUCCACUAAAGAACCCGAAAAGUUCGAGAACUUUUUUAAAGAGUUUGGACAAUUUAUCAAAGAGGGAAUUUGCACGGACUUUGUAAAUAAGGAAUCUUUAGCGAAACUUUUGCGCUAUGAGUCUAGCCACGUUGAUGGUGGCAAGUUGACGACCCUCGAUGAGUACGUGUCGCGCUGCCCACCGGACCAAAACGAAAUCUACUACUUGUGUGCACCAACUCGGGCCAUUGCCGAAACUUCACCGUACUUCGAAGUGUUUAAGAAAAUGAAUAAGGAAGUGUUGUUUGUGUAUAGCCCCAUUGAUGACUUCGUCAUGACGAAUAUUGCUGAGUUCAACGGACGCAAAGUGACUUCUGCAGAGCACGCCAAGGUUGAUGUUGACGCUGCGGAUAGUGGAGUCGGAAAGAAGCUGUCAAAGGAUGAGCAGGAUUCCUUUGGUGCCUGGUUGAAGGUGACGCUGGAGGCAGAUGUAAAGGAGAUCAAGUUUACCUCUAGAUUGACUGACUCACCAGCCAUUAUCGUAGACCACGAGUCAGCUUCAAUUCGCAGGAUGAUGCAGAUGGUGAACGACCGAGCAGGCCAAAAUACGAACAGUCUUUCUAAGAAUAUCAUGGAAUUGAAUCCGAAUCAUAGCAUAAUCGUAGACUUGAAUGCAUUGCGAGAUGUCGACGAUGCGCUCGCGAAAAAAGUAGCUCGCCAGAUCUAUGUCAAUGCGACAGUAGCUGCUGGUCUCGUGGAGGACGGUCGCUCCAUUCUCAGUGGUCUGAACGAUAUACUUGCCGAGCUUUUAGAGAAAAGUUUGCAUAAGUAG